CGGGGUAGCGCAUGAAGUGUCCCAUGCUUACUCGUCUCGUCCCGCAUUCAUUUUUUUCUUUUUUCUGCCCGUUCGGCGGAGUGGGACGACGGUAAUCCCGCGCGCGGAUGUCGCCUCCCUCUCCUCCCUCCCCCUCUUCUCCUUUGACUUUCAUCCAUCGUCAUCAUCAUCAUCCUCGCAUUCCUCCACGUUUCCUUCCCUCAAGCCAUCUCCAGCCCUCCUUCUGCUACUGGUCGACCAUCCCAUGGAGGAGAGGAAGGAGGAGGACGCCACCGGCGACCGGGUGGCCCGUCCCUCUCCUAGAAAAGGUAUCUCCUUCAGCCAGCCCCUCAGCCGCGACGUCAUCCUCGCCAGCACCGCUCGCCGCAAUGCCAUCCGCAAGCAGAGCCUCGACAGUGGCGAUCCAACCACCCGCCGCCCCUCCUUCCCCGCCGAUGACCACGCGCCUUCUUCCUCCUGCCACGUCAACCCCCACCGCCACUCCUCCUCCCUCGAGGAAGCUCGGUUUUCCCCCCUUUCAACCUCCUCCCAAUGCCUACCCACCACCCUUGGUGGAUCCUUCGGUAACCCCUUCUCCCUCGACCACCAACGCGCUGGCUCCGAAGGCGACGAAACCCUAACCCUAGAUCGCGCCAUGGUCGAGUUCGGAGGCGCCGCCCCCGGCGCGGUGCCCGAGUUGAUGGGCAGCGGCGGCGGCGUCGGCAUAUUCCGCGUGCCGAUCCGCGCCGCCGUGCACCCCGGACGCCCUCCGGCACUCGAGGUGCGCCCCCACCCUCUGCGCGAAACCCAGGCCGGGUCCUUCCUCCGCACCAUUGCCUGCGCCGGGUCGCAGCUCUGGGCCGGCCAGGAGUCCGGCCUACGGGUGUGGAACCUCAAGGAGGUUUUCGAGAACUGGGAGCCCGGCGUCAUGGUAAGGAAAGGCGAUGAGAAGAGCGCGCCAUUUAACGAGUCGUGCCGCGCGUCGCCGACGCUGUGCUUGGCGGUCGAUGCUGCUAAUGGCUUGAUCUGGAGCGGUCACAAGGAUGGAAAGAUCAGGUCUUGGAAUAUGGAAUUACCCAUCACUGCCGAUGCCGCUUCGGGUGAUCGUGGCUCUUCUUCGUCCUCUGCGGGCAGUAGUAGUGGUUAUGGUGGUUGCCCUCCAUUCAGAGAACGUCUUUCAUGGCAGGCACACCAUCGAUCUCCAGUUCUAUCCAUGGUUAUCACAUCUUAUGGUGAAAUAUGGUCAGGUUCUGAGGGUGGAGUUAUAAAGGUAUGGCCAUGGGAUGUCAUUGAGAAGGCCCUUUCUCUUAUUGUAGCAGAACGGCAUAUGGCUACUUUACUAAUUGAGAGGUCUUACAUUGAUCUAAGGAGCAAGUUUACUGUGAAUGGUGUUUGCACCUUACCUGCUGUUGAUGUAAAAUAUAUGGAAUCAGACAAUUGUAGGUCUAAAGUGUGGAGUGCUGGUAGUCAAACCUUUGUAUUGUGGGAUUCCCGUUCAAGGGAUCUAUUGAAAGUGUUUGGUAUCGAUGGACAGGUAGAGACUAGGCUUGAUCUACCAUCUCUGCAAGAUCAGAAUGUGGAAGAUGGAAUAAAGACAAAAUCUGUUUCAUCAAAGAAGGAGAAGUCACAGGGCUCAGUUAGCUUUUUCCAACGUUCUCGUAAUGCCUUGAUAGGUGCAGCUGAUGCUGUUCGCAGAGUUGCUGUUAAAGGAACACUUAUUAUGGAAGAUCAGCCAAGAACAGAAGCCAUAGCUGUAUCAAUGGAUGGAAUGAUUUGGACUGGAUGCACAAAUGGUUCGGUAGUCCAGUGGGAUGGAAAUGGCAACAGGUUGCAAGAAUAUCAGCGUCACUCUUCUUCUGUUAAGUCAAUUUGUACAUAUGGACCAAGGGUGUGGGUGGGUUAUGUCAGCGGCAAAGUUCAAGUUCUAGAUCUUGAUGGGAAUCUGCUUGGAGAAUGGAUUGCACAUAGCAGUGCAGUCAUAAAAAUGGUGAUAGGAGGUUCACAUAUGUAUUCAUUAGCACAUCAAGGUGGCAUCCGUGGGUGGAAUAUCAGAUGUCCUGGACCUCUUGAUGAUUUAUUGCGAACAGAGUUGGCAAAUAAGGAGCAGUCUUACAUGAAAUUGGAAAAUAUUAAGAUCUUGGUUGGAACUUGGAAUGUUGGUCAAGGAAGAGCAUCUCCUAAUUCCCUUAUUUCCUGGAUUGGUAGUGCAGCAUCAGAGGUUGGAUUAGUUGUUGUUGGAUUGCAAGAGGUGGAAAUGGGGGCUGGAUUUCUUGCAAUGGCUGCUGCUAAAGAGACUGUAGGACUUGAGGGGAGUGCUAAUGGGCAAUGGUGGUUGAAUGCAAUUGGCAAGACCUUAGAUGAAGGAUCAUCUUUUCAACGUGUUGGCUCUAGGCAAUUAGCAGGGUUACUCAUUGCUGCAUGGGCUAGGAAGUGCCUUAAGCAAUAUAUUGGUGAUGUUGAUGCCGCGGCUGUACCUUGUGGAUUUGGGCGUGCUAUUGGUAACAAGGGUGCUGUAGGUUUGAGGAUGAGGGUCUAUGAUCGGUCCAUAUGUUUUGUGAAUUGCCAUUUUGCUGCUCAUCUGGAAGCUGUGAGCAGGAGAAAUGCUGACUUUAAUCAUGUUUAUCGAACCUUGUCUUUCAGUCGGCCAACCACAGGGGCUCAUGGAGCUUCAGCUGGCCCUACAUCUGUCCAACUGCGUGGAGUGAAUGCUGUGGGAUCUCAAUCUGAUGAUGGCAAACCUGAAUUGUCUGAAGCUGAUAUGGUGGUUUUUCUUGGUGACUUCAAUUACCGGCUUCAUAGCAUCACUUAUGAUGAAGCUAGAGACAUGGUUUCUCAAAGGUGCUUUGAUUGGCUUAGAGACAAGGAUCAGCUACGAGCAGAAAUGAAGGCAGGCAGAGUUUUCCAAGGAAUGCGUGAAGGGCAAAUAAAAUUUCCCCCAACAUACAAGUUUGAAAGGAACCAAGCAGGUUUAUCAGGAUAUGAUUCCGGUGAGAAGAAGCGUAUUCCUGCUUGGUGUGACAGGAUAUUGUACCGUGAUAGCCGUUCACUUUCAGUAGCUGAAUGCUCUUCAGAGUGUCCGGUAGUUUCAUCAAUAGCCAUGUACGAAGCAUGUAUGGAUGUCACUGAAAGUGAUCACAAGCCUGUGAUGUGCAUAUUCUGUGUGGAAAUUUCACAUUCUGAUGAGUUGAUAAGGAGGCAAGAGCAUGGUCAGAUAAUUGCAUCAAAUGACAAAAUAAGAUCCUUUAUCGAAGAAUCUUGUGCUGUUCCAGAAAUUACUGUUAGCACAGAUAACAUUGUCAUACAAAACCAAGAAACUUCCUUUUUUGGUAUCUCAAACAAGUGUAACAAAUACAAAGCUGUUUUCAAAAUCAUUUGUGAAGGGCAAUCCAAGGCAGGAGCUGAAAAUUCAUCAGAACUCUGUGCAAGGUGUUCCUUUGGCUUUCCUUUCUGGCUCGAGGUUCAACCAGCAGUCGGCAUAAUCAAACCCGGACAGACAAUCGAAGUUUCAGUUCGUCAUGGUGAAUUCUUCCAUAAGGAAGAGUUUCUUGAUGGAGUACCUCAGUCUUUCUGGCGUGAAGAUACCAGGGAUGAAGAGGUGGUAUUGCUAGUUAUCAUCACGGGCACUGGUUCAACCGAGAGCACAAGCCAAUGGAUCUCUGUACGGCAUCAUUUCUCCUCUGUCGAAGUCGAUCAAAAUGUUCCCUCCAGAAGAUUUCAAUCAAUCCGUCAGCAAGGAUCUGAUGAAGAAGAUCCUACGAGUUCCUCAGAUGUAGCUCCCGAAUUUAGCAACACAAGAAGCCCAUGAGGUUGCACAUCGAAACCAUAAAUGCAUGCUACAUGAAACAGAAACUCUAAUCAGAUCUUUGCAGAUGUAUUUGUAAAUGUAAUUUGUUAGAAGUUUUUUUUGUAUUCUUUCCCUUUUGUUUUUUGGAAUUUACAGAUAGCAUUAUGACAUUUAGCUCUAUGAAUUAGGUUA